UUUACCUUCUACUUCAAAUGCCCCUUAUUUUCUGGGGAAUAGGAGGGGAAAGUCCGACUGGGAGUCGGAAACCGCUUCGGAGAUUAAAGAUUCCGUUCCCCUUCUUCUAUUCCCAUAUUCGCACGAUUUCUCCCUAUUUUUCCCUAAUCUCCUCUCUUGACGCUGUAGAAAAAGGUUCCUCUCUUGCAAUAUCCCCCAUCCCUUGAUUCCGAGAUCUCUCUCCUUGUUCCUUUCGAAGCCCCCGAUCGUGCUUUAUUAAAGCCCUAAUUCCUCUCUUCGCGAUCUUCGUCGCCUCUGCUCGCUCUCGAUCCGCGGAAUCGGAGGAGGGUGUUGGAGAAUUCGUCGAUUCGACCAGGGUUAUGGUUUUUCGCUUUCUUGAUUUGAUUUCUUGAGGUUUUUUGUGGUUUGCCGGGGGGUUAGGGUUUGGGAAAGGAUCGAUGGCGACGGGUGGGGAGGAGGUGGAGGAGUACGAGAGCGAUCCCGAGGAUGCGCCGCUGCCUUCGAUGCGGCGGAGGGAGGCUAGCGACGACGAGGAUGGUUCGGAUGGAGGAGGCAAGCCGGCGAGGAGGGAUCCAAGGCUGGGGAUUGGAUCUGAUGUCGAGUUGGACGGUCAGGGCGGAGCCCAUGUGUACGAAGAUGAUGAGGAAUUCGGGGCGGAGGAAUAUGUGGAGGAAUUUGAGGCCGAGGAAGAAGUGGAGGAAGAACUUGAAGAGGAAGGGGUGCAUCUCGAAGAGUUGAUUGGUGAAGAGGGAGGGCAUCAUGGUUCUGCAGGGAAGGCUGAAAGCCCUGGCGAGGGGGGUUCCCCAGCAGAGCUCGCUGGAGAUGGCCGGAGAUCUGGUGGGGAACCAGUGGGAUAUCGGGGCAAGAGUCAAGUAGAAGAGGAGAAGAAGGAGAACGAGCCGUACGCUGUGCCGACCGCUGGGGCUUUCUACAUGCAUGAUGAUCGGUUCCAGGAAAAUGGCCGAGGUCGCCACAGGCGAAUGUUUGGUGGGCGGAAAUUGUGGGACCCAAAAGAUGACCAUGCCUGGGUGCAUGACAGGUUUGAAGAGAUGAAUUUGAAAGAUACACGUUAUGAUGAGGAGAGAAGAAGAUCCAAAGGUCGAUUUAGAGGGCGUGGUGGCAGCAAAAGCCGUGGUGGUGAUCGUGGGUAUGCUAGGGGUAGCAGAUCUCGUGCUUACUAUGAUGAUGGUGGCAACCAAAACCGUGCUUCAAAAUCGGUGAGAGGGAGAGGGCCAAGGCGCUAUGAACCUAUCCCCAAAAGCAACAGUGGGUCUCCUGCAACUCAGAACAAGCAAUCUGUCAAACCUCAAGAAGCAACACCCAAUGUUAAUGCAGGGAGAACCUCUUCUCAAACUUCAAGCAUGCAACCCGAACAAGUAAUUCCUAGGAAGCACGUUUUUGCUUCGAGUUUAAGUUCUGCUUCUCCUCCAUUUUACCCUUCUGGGUCAUCCAAUCAAGAAAUCUCCAUGAUUCAGAAAGGCAAUGCACAAACUGGAAGUGCCAAUAAGACAUUGUCAUCUUCGGUGCAGAUGGAGGAUAAUUUUCCACCAUCACAAUCUAGUUCAUUAUUGAGAGGAAAAAUGGUUGUUGAUUCGGUUUCUCAAGAUCGGUUAUAUGUUGAUGAUUCUCUCCGACAAGUUGCUGGCAAAACCAUGGCUAGUUCUCCAUUGCAGUCAUCUGGAUUUUCUUUAUUGUCGACCAAUGCUGGUCAAUCUUCUAAUUCCAGAGUUCAUGGGAGGGGUUUAAGCAUUAGUGGACUGGCAAAUAGUCCAUCUGCUGCAUCACUUAAUCAAGCUGCCAGAAUUCCUGCUCAGACCCAGCCCCCAACAGCUCAACAGAGACCAGUUCAAACUCCAAAUCAACCUGCAUUACGAAUUCCCACUCAACAGUUGGGUCAGCGGCCUGGCAGUGGAAAUCAAGCCUCAUCUCCACCUCAACCUCAAUCGGCAAAUUCAUCUGAGGUUGGAGAGACUGAUUCACCUCCAGGCUCAAGUAAAUCCAGGACAGCAUUGGUUGGAAAGGGGAAAACUAGUAAUCAAGGAGCUGCAAGGGGUGGUUUUCUGUACAGUGGAGCUCAAGUUAUUGGAGCGACUGGGUCUAUGGGCCUUGCCCAUUGUGACCAGAACUUUCCUGGCACUCCAGCACUGUUGCCAGUUAUGCAAUUUGGGGGUCAGCAUCCUGGUGGUCUUGGGGUUCCUGCUGUUGGUAUGGCUCUGCCAGGAUACGUGGCUCAGCCACAGCUUGGCUUUGGGAAUUCUGAAAUGACUUGGGUGCCGGUAUUAGCUGGUGCUGCUGGGGCUUUAGGGGCAUCGUAUUGCUCACCCUAUAUAGCAAUUGAUGGUAGUUAUUAUGCCCGUCCUUCAGGACAGAUGUCUUCAUCAGUUUCCUCGAGGGAAACUGGUACAGCUAAACCUGCUAAUUCCUGGAAACCUCCAGAGAGACCUGAGAUAGUGAAUGAUGAAUUUGGGCAACGCCAGAACAAGCCUCGUAGCAGAUAUUCAGAGAUGAACUUUGGCCAGUGAAAUACAUACUUAAGAUUGAGUGUGUUUGAAUAAGCAGCUUAAGACCCAUUUCCUAGCCCUCUGUGAUCUUCAGCUUCUUAUCUGGAGCACUUUGGGUUGCCUGGUGUCUCUUGAAACGCUAGGUUUGUGCUCUUUUUGGCAUUUGGCUAUCAUAAUCAUACAAAUUUAAGCUCUCAUAUUCGAUAUUGGAAAGCGGGAAAAAAAAACAGGCAGAAUAAAGGUGUGGCUGCGUUGAGUGCUUACUGUGCGUUACUUUGUUGGCUUCUGCAGCUAUAUAACGCCUGUUCUUGCUGUAACUGUGCGAGAAGACCAUUAUGCAGCAGGGCGGGUGGCAUUCUCUCGUUUGAGCUCUGGUAUUGUUUAGUUGUUGAUAGAAGCUUGUGAGAAUGGUGGCAAGCUUCUGUUAGGAGUGGAGUUGAAAAAUAAAUUGCAGUGGUGGUUAGUUUUACCUUCAUUUCUACUAUGUUUUGCUGUGAAGUCUCGUUGGCUAGAAUUGCUUGUCAUAUGGGCUAAUGCACCUUGUUAACCUACUGUAUACCUUUUUUUAAGUUAAUAUGACUGGUGUUUAUGGUACAUUGUGCUCUAUCUAUAUUCUUCUACUGUAUGCCUCAUCGUGUUCCGAUGUUUGUUGUAAUAUCAAUCUUGUACUCGAGGGGCGGAUGAGUUGCCACUUUAAAUAAAAGGGAAAAUACAAAAAGUUUCAAACUGA